AUGCCCAAACCGCAUCCACCCACUCGAUUGAAAGCCCUGACGAGGCCGAAGUUGGUGCCUGAUGUUCAACAUGUCUUGACAGAAUGGCCCUCAGCCGGCUCUUCGAAGAGCAGUCCUAAAGUACCAACUGAGCUCCGAAGAGUGGCGACUGGUUGGCAGUGGGGAUUUCAGAUUCCCGAGUCUGCGAAGAGGAUCAGAAAGCUGGAUGAUCCAGCCCAGAUCACCAAGGAGGGAGAAUCGGCAAAAGACCUGACCAAGGUCUAUCUAUCAUGCCUCCAUGAGCAUUUCGUCAGUCUGCUUGAAAAGAGACUAUCGUCGAGUGUGGUAAAAUCGACACCCAUGGACUUUGUUGUCACAGUCCCCGCUAUUUGGUCGCCAAAAGCAAAGCAAUCGACGGAGCAGGCCGCAGCCAUGGCAGGAUUUUGUGGUAAUCAGAGGAUCCAGCUCAUAUCAGAACCAGAGGCAGCCGCUUUGUACACCCUCAAGACCCUUAGCCCUUCUACAUUACAAGUAGGUCGAAAAUUUGUUGUUUGCGAUGCAGGAGGCGGUACCGUUGACUUGAUCUCUUAUCAAGUAACCAAAAUAGGCAGAGUUGAAGUAAAAGAAGUCACAGAGGGUACAGGCGGGAAGUGCGGUUCGUCCAUGCUGAAUAUGCGCUUCCGUCGGCAUCUGAAACAAACUCAUGGAGACAAGUACUGGACUGAUGAGAGACUCGUAAUAGCUUUGAGUGAGUUCGAGUCGUUCAAGAAGACCUUUUCUCCGAAGGGCGAACCUUUGACUCUCAAAGUCGAUCCCAGUCUUGGCCUACGACGGAACCGAUACACCAUGACACAAGACGACAUGAAAACCAAAAUCUUUGAGCCGAUUAUGAAGGAUGUCGUGUGUCUUAUCAAGGAACAGAUCAAGAUGGCGGGAGAUGGUGUCGCCGCUGUGAUCAUGGUUGGAGGAUUCGGGCAAAGUCGAUAUCUGAAGUCACGCAUCCCAGAAGCAGUCAAAAGAACCGCGAAGAUCAGACGUAUGGGUUGGCAUCGGUACUAUUGUUUGAAAGGGGCUAUCGAGGCCGUGUACGGGUCAGCGGAGAUCACGUACACAGUCAAACUUGGAGCCGCACCCAACGAUGUUGCAUGCAUCAUGGCGGCUCAUCUGCAUUCAAGGGCGGCUGUACCAGACCAUGGACAACCGGCCGGUAGAGUCGUUACUGGCCCUCCUCCGUCAACCCUGGCUGCGCAGCUUGUGGAGAAUAUUUCAGCAUCCACGAAAUCCUCCAAAUCAGAUGAGAACAGUGAACUCAAAGGUUUCUUUGCUAUUAUUCAACGCGUCAAAGAUGAUCCGACUCUUCUCAAGACGCCAGAGGACCGAGUUGAGCAUAAUCAUAUGCUUAUUUAUGUUUACUCAAGAGCUGUUCUUGAAGGAAUUCGAUUGGAUGACCCAUUUCUUGAUCGAACACAAGUACGGACAGAAGGCCUCAAGGCCAUCAGUUUUCUUAGGUUCUCUAUCAAAGAAACGCCAGCAGUUCUGAAACAUCGAGUGGGUGAGCAAGAGUAUAUGUUCCGUGGGCGUGAACCAUUAUGGGUUUGGCUGCUUCCUCAACUGCUUAGACUCCUUGGCCAUUCCCAGUGUCUUGAACUUACAGAAGCAAUUGAAGGCUUCCUCCAGUAUACAAUGCUAGUAAUAGCACAAAACUGGACCCUGUGGGAUAUGGCGCCGUCGUUUUUGUUCUAUCUGCGUGCCAUCACAUCUCAUAUCCUUCAACAGCUUCAAGACCCUCUACUAGUUCCAUCUGUGGAAGAAAGUUUCAAGUCACUUUCUCUACCUCCUCAAAUUGCUCUCAGCCAAUCGGUCGACAAGGACUCGCCCUCCACAAGCCAACUUACAUAUUCUGUUGACCGAAUGGCACAAGCGCUGCAGCAACUGAUCAGUUUUUGCAAAGCUGUCGCCUAUCCUCUGACAGCUUCGGAUGAUGCCUUUGAUAACGUUACCUCCUUCUCAGAGAGUGUGGUAUGGUUGAUUGAUGUCCUAGGGGACAUGCGGGUUAUUCAGACCCGGUACGGUAGCAACUUUCCUGCCUCUUCGCUUUAUGUCCUCCAACUGGCUCAAGAAAUCGAGCGAGCACUACUGAGAAGAAAAGGCGUUAGCGCUUCUGCUCAUAAGAAGGCCAUCACUCUCAUCAUAUUGCUUUGCGGUGAGAUCGCGACAAGCCUCAAUCCCAUGUCAAUGCUGGACAUUGAUGAGGAAACACGGCAUAUAUACUGCAUGGCUCUAGCUACAAUAACAGCAGCUUCUACUGAAAAUACGUCGAUUUGUCGGCCAAAGCUGCUCUCCUCAAACCUACAUCCACUGAGUUUUGAGGAUUCUGCAGUGCAAGAGAUCAUCGAGACCUUGGCGCUGAACUACGAGCCUCCUGACACAGGCUCACAAGACCGUCCCAAACGCCGAAAGAUAGCACAGACAGACUCUAGCCCUAUGGCGGUUCUCAUGAGACGUUUGGGUGACGUUAUAGGACUUGCGGAUGUGGACGAUGAUUUUCUUGAUCUUGAAAAUCAAAUAUUGGGAGCCUUUCCAAAGGCUGACAUAUCACGUCAAUGCCUCAUGCUUGAUUUGCUAUCGCGGAUAUCUUGCGUGGCGGAUGGUGGCAACGAGACAACCAAUGGUACAAAAGCAGAAGUAACAGAAACAGCCUGCUCCAUUUGUGAACAUAAUGCACCUCCAGUUCGACCAAACCUCCAUGGAGCAAUCGUGCAUAAAUCCCGAAUCGAGGCACUCUUCACCAAACUGAUCCGACUUCCCGCUCUUGCUGAAUCUCGGCGUCCGAGGGUUGCUGCCAUGUUGGCUGUAAGGAGAGUGAUUCUCCAUUGUGAAGAUACCGAAUUACUUAAUCUGGAAACAUCUGGGAUAGGCCAGUGGUGUCUCCAGUCCUUGAACAGCUCUAUGAGGGAGCUGCGAAUAGCUGCCGGGCGUGUUCUAGCCACCUUGUCUUUGGCUAGGCCAGAGCCCAUUCUUUCCAGCAUGGUUCUUCGGGCUCGACCAGCAGAAGCCAAUGCUGGCAAUCCACGAGUGAAUCAGGCUCAAGCGGCCUUCACAGAUGGCAAUUCCCGGACAAAUGUAUCAAAUGGAUCUUCUCCCAUGAAAACGCAAGAUUUGAUCUCGCGCAAUAGGAAAAACUCGAUUGCCUUCCUGAAGUCAAUCUCAGAUAAGAACCAGCCUAAUUUAACUGAAACGUUCAUCAUGGCAUGGGGUCAAUUGGGAACAGUGGUCUGGGAACAUGAACUCAACUUGGUCCUCAUCAAGCUUUUGGAGUAUUUGGGAAGCAACAACAAUAUCGUGUCAGCUUGUGCCUUCAAUGAGCUAUUGAACCUAGCUGAUGCUCGUCGAGUAACUCCACGUAGGCUUUUCGAGCCUUUCUGGCCAAACCUAGCAUACAUGACCACCAAGGACAUGGUCCAACGCCCUCAAAUGAGCCGGACAAUUGCUGAAUUGCUACAAGUGUCUGUCAACGAGUUACUCCUCCUGAUUCAAACCCACGCACUGCCGUGGCUUGUGCUUGACAAGCAAAAAGACGUCAUCCAAAAGAUUGCGGAGGCACGGCAGGAGUCCGAGGUUUGGCUACCAUUAAUAGACCCUGCGAACCUAGCCGCAACGCUGGCCUUGCUCUUGGUUCAAGAUACAGAUGAUAUCGCUAGUUUCGCAAAAUCUCGCCUCGAGGAGUUAUCGACACAUUUUCAAAGCGAGCCACUCGUUAACCUGCUUCAGGUGGAACCAGUGCUCACUGUCAUAGAGUUACUUAAAGCUGCCGGCGACGCAGAUGAAACAAAAAAGGCACCAGUCCGCAAAGCUUUAGACACCAUGGCGAAAAUGAUGAUCCCAGCAAACAAAGAAACCCGAGCUAAGAAGUCGGACCACACUGCUCGGUUUAUUCAUUCACAGCUUCUUGGCCUCAUGGCAUGUCUCUUCGAUGUCAUCAAUGACCAGAGCCUUCCUGAUCCAGAGCGUCGGCGCUACAUUCGGGCCAUGGAGGAAAUGAUCAGGGUGUCGAGGGGCUAUGCAAGCACAGCCCGACCGCAAAUGUCUGCUUGUUUGCUCUCGACACUAGCACAAGAUGCACUGAGAGAAGCAAGUUUCUCAUGCUGGGCAUCGAUGCUCACACAUCUUGAGGAGACAGAUGUCGAGGCAUUGUUAGAAACAACAUUUUUCGUCGUCACCCGUUACUGGCCCUUCAUGAACGAGUCAACCGCUCUUCUAGCGCAGCAAAUGCUCAAGUCUCUCGUCGAUGAAUUUGACCCCCUUGUUGCGAAGUACAUCAUCAAGCUCCCGUCGCUCAGACACAUUCCAGAGUUGAGGGACAUAGAGGCAAAGCUGGAUCAGCAUAGGCCAGCAACACUCGCGGUUGAAGAGGUUUUGGAAGCUUUCGCUGCGAGAAUAUGCCACGAAAACUCCGGUGUUGCCCUUCAAGCAUUAACAGAACUGAUACCGUACCUUCAGGAAAACCAAGCGGCACUUCAUACAUCUGAGAUUAGUCUACAGUCAGAUAUUGGCGUCGUCGCACUUAUGCGGUCGCUUCUGGAUUGUGCAAGUAAAUACAGCGGCUUCCCAGGAGACAUAGCUCGCCUAUGUACGGAAGCAAUGGGUUUGAUAGGCUGUCUGGACCCCAGUAAGAUCGAGACUGUGAGAGAACAACGAUCAAUCGUCAUAUUGAACAAUUUUGCGACGAAUGAAGAAACUACGGACUUCGUCCUGUUUCUUCUGGAAGAGGCCCUGGUGCCAGCAUUCUUAUCUACGACUGAUGUUAAGUUCCAAGGAUUCUUGUCUUUUGCUAUGCAGGAACUCAUGGGCAGGUGCGACAUCAAAGCUGCAUGUGCCAUGGAAAACUCGGGGAUGAAAGGUGGAAACGAUAUCUAUCGAAAAUGGGUUGCAAUGCCAGAAACUGUUCGGGAAGUGGUGGCACCCUUUCUAGCCUCCCGCUAUGUCGUUGCUCCAAUGCCACAUACUGAGAUCGAGUAUCCGCUCUUUCGUCCUGGCAGACCUUAUCCGAGUUGGCUCAGGGUUUAUGUUCUGGACCUUCUACGUAAGGGGCAGACGCCAUUUGCCGAUUUGAUAUUCGAGCCUCUGGCGCGUGUCAUUCGUGUUAAAGAUCUCUCUAUUGCAGAAUUCAUCCUUCCCUAUAUAGUCCUGCAUACUCUUUUAGGGUCUCGGACUACACAGCAAGAAAGGGACGAUAUUCUCGGGGAACUUCUUGCGAUCUUGCAAUAUCAGCCCGCUGAGGCGGCAUCGUAUCAGGAGAAGGAGGAUACGCGGCGAUACUGUCAUCUUGUAUUUCGCGUUGUAGACUAUGCAAUGAGAUGGAUGCAAACUAGGCGAGCAGCUGGUCGCCUCACUGAAACUGACAGGGAGAGGCUAGCUCAAGUACAGGAGGCUCUCGAUCUGAUCCCAGCCGAACUCAUAGCACAAAGGGCUGUCGAUUGUAAUGAAUACGCUCGUGCUCUUUUUCAUUUAGAGCAGCAUGCCCACAAAAUGGAACAGAGGAAGAAAGAACCAGGGGAGCGUACCCGUCUCUUGCAAAAACUCCAGGAUAUUUAUGCCAAUGUCGAUGAGCCUGACGGCCUUGAUGGAAUUUCAGCUCAUUUACAAGUUCUUGACAUCAACCAACAGAUACUGAGUCAUCGCAAAGCAGGCAGGUGGACUGCUGUUCAGAACUGGUACGAGAUGCAACUCGCUGAGAACCCUGACAACACGGAUAUCCAGAUCGACUUACUUCAUUGCCUGAAGCAGGCUGGUCAGCACGAGGGAUUGUUGAAUCACAUCGAGGGUAUGCACACAGACGCGUCAACGGACAACAAGAUCAUGCCUUAUGCAGUAGAGGCGGCAUGGGUUACAGGAAGGUGGGAGAGCCUUACCAAAUUCACUCAACGGUUUCGCGGCGAUCCUAUUGAAGACUUCAACAUAUCGAUUGCGACCCUUUUCGAAAAGCUGAGAGCCAAAGACAAGCCUAAAGAGCUCAUUAAGAUAAUGAAGGAUAUCAGAGUCAAAAUCUCAUCAUCUAUGAACACCGCAUCCACCUCAUCCUUACAAGCCUGUCAUGAUCUCCUUCUUAAGUCACAUGUUCUGACGGACGUGGAAAUCAUAAUAGGAACAAAAGGGGGUGACGAGGUCGCCCGCCAAACGACAGCAGCCCUCCUAGAAAGGAGACUCGAAAUUAUAGGUGCUUACAUGAACGACAAGCAAUAUCUUCUUGGUAUUCGCCGUGCCGCCAUGGAGUUGACCAGGCCUACAUUCACUGACCUAGACAUUUCUGGACUAUGGCUCUCGAGUGCACGCCUUGCACGGAAGUCGAACUCGCUUCACCAGUCUUUUAAUGCUAUUCUCCACGCUUCGAAAUUGGGCGAUGAUGCGGCUACUAUUGAGAAUGCCAAGCUUCUUUGGAGAGAAGAUCAGCACCGAAAGGCAAUACAGGUUUUGCAGGGAGCAAUUAAGAGCAACAAGUUCAUGACACAAACAGGGACAGCAACCAGCACAAGUUCAAGCAAGUUGAGCCCACAGCAGAAGCUCUUGACGGCUAGAGCACAGCUGCUGCUUGCCAAAUGGCUUGAUAGCGCUGGGCAGACGCACGCAGGUGCAUUGCGUGAAAAAUAUCAGCAGCCACCCAAGACCUUCUCGACUUGGGAAAAGGGGCAUUAUUAUCUUGGCCGUCAUUACAAGAAGAUCCUCGAAGCUGAAAAGCCGCUCAAAGCCGAUGACCAGAGCGAUAACUACAUCACCGGUGAAGUCGCUAGACUCGUCAUCGAGAACUAUGUCCGUUCACUUAACUCGGGCACCAAAUAUCUUUACCAGACUCUCCCGCGAAUUUUGACUCUGUGGCUUGACCUUGGUGCCCAAGUAGACAAGGCACCAGAAGGGAAAGCAUCGCUUUCUCGUGAGCUUCACCGAAGACGCGUUGAGCAACUCAAUCUUUUGCACUCUUUUCUUGACAAAUACAUCCAUAGGCUGCCGGCGUACAUCUUUUAUACAGCUUUGCCACAGAUUGUUGCGCGCAUCGCUCACCCCAACUCGAACGUCUUUGACCGGCUGACACACAUCAUUGCCAAGGUCGUGGAAGCUCAUCCUCGGCAAGCGCUUUGGAGCCUUAUUGGCAUCAUGACCACAAGGCAAGUGUCGGAAAGAAAGGCACGAGGUACUCAGAUCCUUCAGACACUCAGGAACAUAUCGAAGAAAGUUGAGGGCUCUACGACCGAUUUCAAACACCUACUCAGGAUGGGAGAGAAAUUAGCCGAACAGCUGCUUCUUGCAUGCCAAAACGGGGACUUCCGGGGCAACAAGACUGUUCAUGCCAGCCUGGGUAAAGAUCUUCGAUUCAAUCAUAAAUGUACACCAUGUCCGUUGGUCGUGCCUGUCGAGAGCUCUUUGACGGCAACGUUACCGGCUGUAUCAGAGUAUGUCAAAAAGCACAAGGCAUUUUCUAGAGAUGUUGUUACGAUUGACUCCUUUCUGGAUGAUGUGCUCGUGCUGAGCUCGCUGGCUAAACCAAGACGACUUACAACACGAGGCAGUGAUGGCAAAAGCUACAUGCUUCUGAUCAAACCCAAGGACGACUUACGAACUGACCAGCGUCUUAUGGAAUUCAAUGGAUUGAUCAAUCGGUCGUUGAAACGAGAUGCUGAAUCCAGCCGGAGACAGCUUUACAUUCGAACAUAUGCUGUAACGCCACUCAAUGAAGAGUGCGGAAUCAUUGAAUGGGUUCCAGGAAUCAAAACUAUGCGAGACAUUCUCAUCAAUCUUUAUGCUUCCCGAAAGAUCUAUCCCGACUAUACCGUUCUAAAGCAACUCAUGGAUGAAGCAUGUUUAUCAGACGGCAAAACCAGGAUAUUCACUGAUGAGGUUCUGGGGAGAUUUCCUCCGGUACUUCAGCUGUGGUUCACGCAACAGUUCCCUAGUCCGUCAGCGUGGUUUGCUGCGCGUUUAAAAUACACAAGAUCGUGCGCUGUCAUGUCUAUGGUAGGCACCAUCUUAGGCCUUGGCGAUAGACAUGGUGAGAACGUGAAUUUGGAGGAGGGCAAUGGUGGAGUUUUCCAUGUCGAUUUCAAUUGUCUCUUUGACAAGGGCCUGACAUUUGCCAAACCUGAAAGAGUGCCGUUCCGACUUACCCACAACAUGGUGGCUGCGAUGGGUAUAUACGGUUACGAAGGACCAUUUCGCAAGUCUUGCGAGCUGACUCUGAGCAUUCUUCGUCAGCAAGAGGAGACUCUGAUGACAAUUCUAGAGGCGUUCAUCUACGAUCCAACGUUGGAUCUACAAAAGGAGAAGCGGGCACAUCGGCGAGGAGAUGUGGGCGUUAAGCUGCAGCCUCAAAGCGUUGUAGACAGUAUCAAGCGCAAAGUCAGGGGUUUGCUUCCAACUGAAAGCAUUCCUUUGGGCGUUGAAGGCCAGGUGGAGGAAUUGAUCAAACAAGCGGUUGAUCCAAGGAAUUUGGCUGCAAUGUAUAUAGGCUGGUGUCCGUUCUUGUAA